UACAGUUUCUCCCUUUUCCGUUCUAAACUCUUCAAUCCUCUCUGUUUUCUUCGUCAAAGCUCAAUCCUGUUUCUUCAUCGAUCAAAAAAAUGUCCGUGCAAUCGAUUUUUGUAAAUUUCUUCAUGCAUUGAAAUGAAAAGAGACGAGGAUUCAAGAGGAGUCAAUUUUUUGGAAGACGUCAGCGGUCCAUUCUACGUCCACGACGGCGAUUCACCUGGUUUAAUACUCGUUACCGAUCUUCUGAUCGGUGCAAAUUACGACGAUUGGAGCCGCUGUAUGCUCACGGCUCUCACCGCCAAGAACAAGCUAGGUUUUAUCGACGGAUCCACCCCGAAACCAGAUACGCUCGAUCCUAGUUACAACUAUUGGAUGCGGUGCAACAGCAUAGCGGUUUCCUGGCUCCGGAAUUCGGUCGAUCCAGAGAUACGAUCGAGUUUGCUCCACCUCGAAUCCGCCGCUCAGAUAUGGAAGGAUCUCCAUAAACGCUUCUCACACAGUAACGCGGCAGCUUGCAUUUACCGAUUAAAGCGACAGCUCGCGAAUUUAAAGCAAGGAUCCAUGGAUGUACAUUCGUACCACGACAAAUUCCGAGCAUGUUGGGAUGAAUUGCUGGAAUUUCAGCCGAUUGCGUCCGAUUUUCAGCAGCAAGAGUGUGUUAUCCAGUUUCUGAUGGGGCUCAACGACUCCUAUUCCGAGCUACGUUCGCGACUCAUCUACGAGGAAUCGGAACCUCUGCCACCUCUAAGCAAGGUUUUCUCCUUGGUGCUUCAAGAGGAAAAACGACGCCGUAUGCAAAGCUUUUCUAUCAUGGAAAAGGGGCAAACCAGAGUGAAAUUGAUGGAAAAGAAAUCUUACAUGUUUGUGGUGAGGAAUUACUCAGCAUAUGAAGGAAUUGGAAUGGGUAACUGGAUUCAGAGUAGGCCUUUUGUUGUAGGAGGCCACAGAUUUAGACUACAUUUCUAUCCUGAAGGGAAGGACAUAUCUUCGCACUACCGUAGCCUAGUGUCGUUACUUAUCAAGAACGAGAGUGCAACGAGCGUGCAGCUCGUUGCUGCUCUCGAGGUUUUGGAUCGAGAGGGUGUUGGUGGUUAUGCUGGAUAUUCUUGCUUUGAUGACAGAAAAGUUUAUAAGCGUGUUGUCACUAUAGAGGCUGGGAAACAGUAUGGGGAGAUCGACUUCCAUAUCGAAUCUAGUGAGUACGUGAGAGAUGAUUCUAUCACAAUCAGAGCAACCUUAGGUGUUUUUGUCGAUCAACCGUCCAAGGCCGGCCCUCCACUGGCGCGCUGCCUAGUUUUCCAAGUGGGAGAUCGAAGAUACUAUGCCGAUGAGGCUGUGAUAACAGCGCGGUGCCCUAAUCUUCUUUCGUUUUCCCAAUCCCAAUCCGAGUACAUUGUCGUUUCAGAUGUGAAUACUAAUGUGUUUGAGGCUGUCCUCUGGUUUAUAUAUAAUCAAGUGGUUCACAAACGAGAUAUAGAGGCUAUUGCUAGUUCGAAUUCGUUCGCGCUCAAGAUUCUUGCAACAGCUGAUCGGUUCGAAUUGAAUUGCCUUAGACGACAGUGUGAAUCGUACAUUGCCUACGGCGAGGUGGUGGAAUUUUACUACUUAUAUGAAUCUGCUUUCAAAGAAUUAUGGAGCUUUGGAUGCGGGCUGUGGUCAGAGAUGAAGGAGUUAUCUCACAAGAGAUGAUGAGGCUUAGUUGUUUGAGGUUAGUUGAGUAAACAAGUUUUAAGUUUGUCUAUGUUUAUAACAUUGUAAAUUUAACUCCUUUUA